AUGUCGAUCCCCUCCGGCAACGGCAACGGCAACGGCGGCGGUGGCGCCUCCUCCGCGCUCUACGACUUGUACGGCCCUAACGCGAAGCCUGAUGUUGUUUUUAAGGAGGCUGCUUUAAACUCUACAUUAAAUCUGCAGGAUGUUCAGGGUCUAGUUACUUGGGUUAUUGGUGACGGCAUGCUGCCUUCUUGGGUGUUUGUUAAGAACAAACCUCUUAUACCCAAAGUCGUCCUACUAUAUGUUCCUGGCCUUGAUGCAGCUUUAUAUAUGUCACAAACUCGACUUCUUUCUUCUCUGAAAGAAUUAUGUGGCAAUCCAAAACCUGUUCUAGCUUCAAGCUGUAUACCGGAUGAGCGGCACACCAUUGAUGCGCUCCUAACCUGCAGAGUAAAGAGAAAGCGUGAUGUAAAAACAUCAAAUCAGUCAUCUAAACCUGGCAUGGAUGGAAAACUAUCAAGUCUGGAUGAUCUUGGGGACAUACCAUUUCCUGUUACAUAUUACACACUUUCGGAGAAAGACUUGGAAGAUAAUGGCUACUCGUUCAAUUUGCCAGGUUUUGUCCCUACUGUUUCAGCUCCUUCAGGUUCCUCGCCACAUAAAGUUCUUGCACUUGAUUGUGAAAUGUGCGUGACGGAAGCUGGAUUUGAGCUUACAAGAGUGACAUUAAUUGAUAUUAAAGGAUCGGUUGUGCUAGAUAGACUAGUUAAGCCUGCUAAUCCAAUCAUUGAUUACAAUACAAGGUUCAGUGGAAUCACUGCUGAGAUGUUGGUUGACGUGUCCACAACCCUACAGGAAAUUCAGGAAGAGUUUGUUGGACUUGUAUAUAAAGAAACAAUUCUUGUUGGACAUUCUUUGGAAAAUGACCUUAUGGCAUUACGGAUAUCCCAUGGUUUAAUCAUCGAUACAGCUGUUUUGUACAAGUAUAAUCGAGGGUCUCGCUGUAAGAUUGCUUUGCGUGUCUUGACAAAAAAAUUCCUUGGCCGGGAGAUCCAGAACACAGGAUCUGGGCAUGACAGUGUGGAAGAUGCCAGAGCUGCUCUAGAACUUGCUAUAUUGAAAAUAAAACAUGGUCCUGAUUUUGGUUCCCAACCAUCGUUGUCAAGGCGGAAAUUGACAUCUAUACUGCAUGAGAGUGGGAAAAAAUGCUCCCUUAUUGAUGACGUGUCUAUUCUAGAGCGGUAUUCAGAUACUUCUUGCAAUUCAAUUGCUGUUUUUUCUGAUGAUGAUGCCCUCUCCAGAUCAAUGAAGGAGGUGAAGAAUGACAAAAUGGCUUUCGUUUGGACUCAAUUCUCAGGAUUGAUCUCUUACUUCCGCCGAAGAGUUCAAGAUCCAGAAAAGUUGAAAUCAUGUGUCGCAGAGGCUAUUGCAUUAAAAACAUGUGAUGCAAAAACUGCUUCAAAAAAAGCAAGAAGUCAAAUUUGUCCUGAAUUAAAGGAAAUUUUGUGUGAAUUGGAUAAAAAGAUAAGGCAAUUAUAUGGGGCCCUACCUGAUAAUGCUAUGCUUAUUGUAUGCACUGGCCAUGGUGAUACUCCUCUAGUACAAAGCCAGAUGCCUGAGGAACCCCAAAUACGGGCAGCUAUUGAGUUCGUUGACCCCAAACUGUUGUUGAUGGACAGAAGAUCAGAGCUGAAUUCAUUCAUUAAUUUAUGGCUAGACCAGGAUGUUAUGGUUGCUUGUUGCCUUCACUCGAUCUUCAUGUGGCUCCCGGCGGCUCCAGCCAUAGGCAGAGCUAGCUAG